AUGGCGGCCGUGCCUGAGGAGCCGGCGGAGGUGGCGGUGAAGUCGGAGGCCGAGGACACUUUCCAGAUUGGAGGUAUUGCUGUAGAAGAUCAGCCAGAUGUGAGCGCAGUGUUGUCUGCCUACAAUCAGCAGGGAGACCCAGCACUGUAUGAGGAAUACUACAGCGGACUGAAACACUUCAUUGAGUGCUCCCUAGACUGUCACCGGGCCGAAUUAUCGCAGUUGUUUUAUCCGCUUUUUGUGCACAUGUAUUUGGAAUUGGUCUACAAUCAACAUGAGAGUGAAGCAAAGUCUUUCUUUGAGAAGUUUCAUGGAGAUCAGGAGUGUUAUUACCAAGAUGACCUGCGUGUAUUAUCCAGCUUAACCAAAAAGGAACACAUGAAAGGGAAUGAAACCAUGCUGGAUUUCCGAACAAGCAAAUUUGUGCUGCGCAUUUCCCGUGACUCUUACCAGCUCUUGAAGAGACACUUGCAGGAAAAGCAGAACAAUCAGAUCUGGAACAUUGUUCAGGAGCAUCUCUACAUUGACAUCUUUGAUGGAAUGCCCCGCAGCAAACAGCAGAUAGAUGCUAUGGUGGGAAGCUUGGCUGGAGAGGCAAAACGAGAGGCAAAUAAAGCAAAGGUUUUCUUUGGCUUAUUAAAAGAGCCAGAAAUUGAAGUCCCUUUGGAUGAUGAAGAUGAAGAAGGGGAGAAUGAGGAAGGAAAACCAAAAAAGAAAAAACCGAAAAAAGAUAGUGUGGGAUCAAAAAGUAAAAAACAAGACCCGAAUGCUCCUCCACAGAACAGAAUUCCUCUUCCUGAACUGAAAGACUCUGACAAGCUGGAUAAAGCAAUGAACAUAAAGGAAGCCACAAAGCGUGUGCGUCUUGGCCCAGACAGCUUGCCUUCUAUCUGUUUCUACACAUUCCUUAAUGCUUACCAGGGUCUUACUGCAGUGGAUAUCACAGAUGACUCUAGCAUGAUUGUAGGAGGCUUUGCUGACUCCACUGUCAGAGUGUGGUCUGUGACACCAAAAAAGCUACGCAGUGUAAAAACAGCAGCAGAUCUCAGUCUCAUAGACAAAGAAUCAGAUGAUGUCUUGGAAAGGAUCAUGGAUGAGAAGACAGCAAGUGAGCUGAAGAUUUUAUAUGGUCACAGUGGACCCGUCUAUGGCACCAGCUUCAGUCCUGAUAGGAACUACCUGUUAUCCUCCUCAGAAGAUGGCACUGUGCGAUUGUGGAGUCUGCAAACAUUUACUUGCCUGGUGGGAUAUAAAGGACACAACUAUCCAGUAUGGGAUACACAGUUCUCUCCGUAUGGGUAUUACUUUGUAUCUGGUGGACAUGACAGAGUGGCUCGGCUCUGGGCAACGGAUCACUAUCAGCCUUUGCGUAUAUUUGCUGGCCACCUUGCUGAUGUCACAUGUAGUCGGUUUCAUCCCAACUCCAACUAUAUUGCUACGGGCUCAGCAGACAGAACUGUGCGACUCUGGGAUGUUCUGAAUGGGAACUGUGUGAGGAUCUUCACUGGACAUAAGGGACCAAUUCAUUCGCUGGCAUUUUCCCCUAAUGGAAGAUUCCUGGCCACUGGAGCAACAGAUGGAAGAGUGCUCCUCUGGGAUAUUGGCCAUGGUUUGAUGGUGGGAGAGUUGAAAGGGCACACUGACACCAUCUAUGCACUCAGAUUCAGUAGAGAUGGGGAGAUUUUAGCAUCAGGUUCUAUGGAUAACACAGUCAAACUGUGGGACGCUGUGAAAGCAUUUGAAGACUUGGAAACUGAUGAUUUUACAACAGCCACAGGACACAUAAAUCUGCCUGAAAACUCACAGGACUUGCUACUGGGUACUUACAUGAGCAAAUCAACCCCAGUCAUACACCUUCAUUUUACACGGAGAAACUUGCUGCUGGCUGCUGGAGCGUACAGCCCACAAUAAACAUGAAGCUGUGAAAGAGGCUGUGCAAGUCACUAGUAAAGACCUCAAAAUGACUACCCGGAUUUGAGAUAAAAGAAAUCUCUUGUACAGACAGACUGUGCCUGGUCAGUUGGGGCGGCAGGAUUAUGUAAAUGAAUAUGCAGGUAAUGUCUUCUCAGUUCUGCUAUUUCAUUUUUAGCCACAGCUUGAAAAUGCUGGAAAAUGAUUAGACAUUGUGGCUUUACAGGAAAGAAUUGUUUUAUGGUGCUUUGGAUUUUUUGAUAAAAUACAAAAACAAGAAAAAAGAGAGAAAAUGGCUGUCUCCUAUUAAGAGAAAUGGUAAUGGGCUCUGCUGGAACAUCAUCUUUGGAAAGUUAACAGCACCUCAGUAAGCGUCUUGAACAUUUUAAAAAGCACUUAAUUUAUAGCUGGGAUUUUGUGGAACUCGCCUUAACAUGGGCUGGGCAGCAGGUUUGUCUGGCUAGAACAUUAUCCUACUUGUUGCAGAAGGCACCAUACACAGAGGCUUGUAGUGAACUAAAAAUUUAAUAUAUAAGCACACCUUUGUAUAAAGGUCUGACUGUGUUUCAAACCUUUCCUGUUUCCUGCAUUAGAAAUACAGAUCUGGUCACUGCAUCUUCAGGUAGGUUAAGGUGUUAUGACUAGCAAGUAGCUAGAUGUAAAAUCUGAACAUCUGCAAAAGCAAAGAGACAAGGGACUGAGACAACUGAAAUACUUUUACUGCCUAUUAAAACAUGCUCUCCGAAGGGAAAACAGUGGCCUUGUACCCUUUUAGGAUACUUAGAGGAGGCCUGGAAAAUAAUCUUAAAAAAUAAUAAUAAUCUCCCUUCCCCCCCUUUUUUUACAUGAAAUUAAAUUUUUGUCACAGCUAGAAAAUUUAAGAAUGGGGAGAGCCAGUGAAGAGGCAAAAAAUGAACCUUUUUAUUCCUAAUGCUAAUAUUUGUGAAAAGGCUCUCCCCUCAUGCAUGCUGUUGUGAUGCUGUGUUCACCAGCAAAGGUCAGACCUGACAUUCUUGAUGUUUCUAAAUAAAAAAACCUGGCAGAACAGUAAGCCUUUAACCCCUUUCUGUCUCUAUACAGGAUGAGGAAGCAAAAGGACACUAGCAUGAGUUUAAGGAAACUUGAAUAGGAAACUCCCUUCCAACUCAUCCCAUCCCCACCAAAACACCCAGAAGCUUUCCAUGCAUUGCAUAUCAAAAGUGCAGACACAUUUCACCAGUAGAUCUCACCUUUAAGAACAGGGAAGAAUGCUCUGAAAGUAAAUGAUAAUGAUCCUGUCUGUUUCAUGUAAACUUCCCAACACCAGAUACAAGCAGGUGGCUUUUAAGUGAAAGUGUGGCAAAAUUGAACAAUACAUUAAAAUACUUUCCCUACAAGAGGAAGCAUGUACAGUUUUGACAGCUAAAAAAUCACUGCCACUAUCUGCCUUUGUAUUUUGUACAGUUUUAUACUUUUGAUAUGAUAAUAAAAACUAAAAAUAUCA